AUGAAAACCCAUCCCCCUCAGUUUAAAAAAGAAAGACAGCAAUACCACCAUAAUGAACCAAUUCCUGUAACCUCUAUUUUAGCUUCACAAAAUAAUGAACAACAUACAGUAACUAAAACGUGCCUUCCCAUUGAAACACAUGAGACACCACUUCAAUUACAAUUUACAACACCUGAAGUUUACCAAUCAGCGUCAACUAUAAAUACUCUGCACCCAGCUAAUGAAUCGGAAGCACUUGCGCAUCGACUAGAACUUGCGCGACAAUAA